GUCCAGAACCUAAGCUCAGCGCUAAACUGCCACCUUUCUCUGCUGGCACCAAUGGCCACCCAGAUCUGCACCCCGACCUUUUCCUCUGGGUCUGUCAAGGGCCUCUGUGGCACAGCAGGUGGCCUUUCUCGGGUGUCCUCCAUCCGCUCCCUGGGGUCCUGCAGGGUCCCCGGUCUUGCUGGUGCUUCGGGAUCCAUCUCUUCCUUCAGAAUGGGCCUCCCUGGCCUGGGGAGCUGCUUGCCUGGCUCCUACCUGUCCUCUGGCUUUGCUGGGACCGGGGGCUGGUUCUGUGAGGGCUCCUUCAACGGCAAUGAGAAGGAGACCAUGCAGUUCCUGAACGACCGCCUGGCCAACUACCUGGAGAAGGUGCGCCAGCUGGAGAGGGAGAACGCAGAGCUGGAGAGCCGCAUCCGCGAGUGGUACGAGUGUCAGAUCCCGUACAUCUGCCCGGAUUACCAGUCCUACUUCAAGACCAUUGAGGAUCUCCAGCAGAAGAUCCUGCUGACCAAGGCGGAGAAUGCCCAGCUAGUCAUGCAGAUCGACAAUGCCAAGCUGGCUGCUGAUGACUUCCGGACCAAGUACGAGACGGAGCUGUCCCUGCGGCAGCUGGUGGAGGCUGACAUCAACGGCCUACGCAGGCUCCUGGAUGAGCUGACCUUGUGCAAGGCCGACCUGGAGAUACAGGUGGAGUCCCUGAAGGAGGAGCUGCUCUGCCUCAAGAAGAACCACGAGGAGGAAGUGAACUCACUGCGCUGCCAGCUUGGCGACCGGCUCAAUGUCGAGGUGGAUGCUGCUCCACCUGUGGACCUGAACCGUGUUCUGGAUGAGAUGCGGUGCCAGUACGAGACUCUGGUGGAGAAUAACCGCCGGGAUGCUGAAGACUGGUUUGACACCCAGACGGAGGAGCUGAACCAGCAGGUGGUGUCCAGCUCAGAGCAGCUGCAGUCCUGUCAGGCAGAGAUCAUUGAGCUGAGACGCACGGUCAACUCCUUGGAGAUCGAACUGCAGGCCCAGCAGAGCAUGAGAGAUGCUUUGGACUCCACCCUGGCAGAGACAGAGGCCCGCUACAGCUCCCAGCUGUCCCAGAUGCAGUGCAUGAUCAGCAAUGUGGAGUCCCAGCUGGCCGAGAUCCGGGCUGACCUGGAGCGUCAGAACCAAGAGUACCAGGUGCUGCUGGACGUCCGGGCCCGGCUGGAGUGUGAGAUCAACACGUACCGGGGCCUGCUGGAGAGCGAGGACAGCAAGCUCCCCUGCAACCCGUGUGCCUCUGACUGCUCAUCCUCCAAGUCAAGCUUCCCCUGCCUUCCUGCAGCCUCCUGUGGUCCAGGCAUAGCCCGCAUGACCUGCAGCCCCCGCCCUGUUUGUGUGCCCUGCCCAGGGGGUCGGUUCUGAGAACUUCUGACCCAGAAGGCCAAGGUCAUUGUCACUUGGACAUGGCCCCUACUCACUCCUAACUCUUACAGCCCAAUCCCCUCUCUGCACACAGAGGCUCUGAGAGGGCUCACUGCAAACACAUGCCUUCGAGUUUCUCAGAGCCUGUCAGUAAGGCUGGCUGCCCCCAAGGCCUUAACUCCUCAUCAUUUCAAUGGGCGCCAGCAUCUCUGUUCUCAGGGAACAGAGACUUUCUUUCUGGUGUGUUGGGUUGGGCUUUCUUUCUGGUGUGUUCCAGUAGGUUCUGAAAUGCAAUACAAGGUUUCUAUUGGUGGAACAAUAAAGCUCGUUUGCUCUGGCUCUGGAUGCCUGAUUCAUAUCA